AGCAGUAAGUUCAUAGACGGUGAAAGCACCGGUGUGCCAAGUAAUAAGAUUGUUUACCUGCUUGUUUUUAGUUACUGAUGUAGUAUGGUUCUCUUUUGUUUAGUUUAAGUGCCUACAGUCUUGCGGACUAUAGUGUGAUAAAAAUGCCAUUACCUUAUUUUAAUUUAUUUAAUUUAUUUUGCAUUAUUGUUUGCUGCGUUCUAUUCUUUUCGUCGCCAAUACAUUGUAGUCAAAAUAUUUCCUACGUCACUAUAACAAAACCCAUAAAAAGUAACAGAUAUACCCCUAGCGCGACGGGGAGGCUCUACUUUGGAGAAUUAUUUGGUCUCUUCGGAGGUGGAACCCAAUCAGACGAUGAGGAUGAUGAUGGUCUAUUCAGAAACUGCACGUGCGAAUGCGGUAUAUCAAAUCAAGAAAAUAGAAUUGUUGGUGGUCAGGCAACUGGCAUAAAUCGGUACCCAUGGAUUGCCCGAAUUGUUUACGAUGGGAAGUUUCAUUGUGGAGGCUCCCUAAUUACUAAGGAUUAUGUCUUAACCGCUGCACACUGCGUGAGAAGGUUGCAGCGCACCAAAAUUCGAGUAAUUCUUGGCGAUCACGAUCAAACAACCACAACUGAGGCGCCUGCAAAGAUGAGGGCCGUUUCCGCAAUAAUAAAAAACAGAAACUUUGAUGCGGAUUCGUACAACCACGAUAUUGCACUGCUCAGAUUGAGAAAACCAGUCGUGUUUUCAAAAAAUAUUAAAACCAUUUGCAUUCCAAGACGUUCUGAUGAUCCCGCGGGUAAGCUUGGUACAGUAAUUGGUUGGGGAAGGACUAUGGAGGGUGGAAUGUUGCCGGGAAUUGUCCAAGAAGUGCAGGUGCCAAUAUUGACAUUACAACAGUGCAGAGCAAUGAAAUAUCGAGCGUCUCGGAUCACUACGUUUAUGCUGUGUGCUGGGAAAGGAUCCAUGGAUUCUUGCCAGGGUGACAGUGGCGGUCCUUUGGUUGUUCCAAAUGGGGAGAAAUAUGAAAUAGUGGGGAUCGUGUCGUGGGGUAUUGGAUGCGCACGUCCCGGUUAUCCUGGUGUAUACACACGUGUUGGAAAGUACAUCAGUUGGAUAAGAAGCAACGUGCAGGAUUCUUGUUUGUGCAGCUGACGUCGACUACUUAACCUUUAUUUACCUGUGUAAUUCCGAUCUAUAGAGUACAAAAUAAUAUUUGUUUCCAACCGUCAAUACACCCAUACCAUUUUCAGUAAACAAACGCUGAAAAGUUAAAAUACCGUAAUUAUUUUUAGCUAUCGAUUUUCACGGUUAAGAAUAAAGUUUGUAUGCGUCACAUCGUUCCGAAUGGCAAAAGAAAUACAAUUUUCCAAUACAUACAUACUUGAA